AUUCCAAUCCAGUCCGCCGUCGGCUGUCAUGGCAUCUCUUUCCAAGCUGUUGGGGUUGCUCAGGUGGUUCAGCUGUGUUUACACUGCGUGAUUAUCGUCAAUCGCGCUGGCCGUCGUGUUCGCCGCAGAGCCGGCGAAAGCGUCGACGCUUCGACGAUGCCCGAACAACGGAGUGUCACCGGCUGGCGCGCCACGCACGUCGUCGCGUACUUGUUAGCGAUGGCGACUUCCAUCGCUGCGCUCGUCUGUUAUCGCAACAUGAACGCCCGGCUUCAUACCACGGUGGACAAGUGCCUACUCUUCACGAAGCCCUGGAUCGACGUUGACUCGACGGGCAAGUGCCAGAUCGACUACACUCGCAUCGAGUGGAGUAGCGACAAGCUGUGCAACUACGUGACCUUCGCGCUGCUCGCUUCGUUCGUGUACAGCAUCGUUGCCGUGUGGUUUUUCGUCAUGUGCGCUCCAAGCCGCGGGUCACAGCUGAAUGACAGCGACACUUACACAGUAAAUGGCCACAAGAUGAUGAGCAUCGUGCACGUGUGGAAGAUAGUGGCACCAGCAUCAAUGCUGAGUGGGGUGAUGGCCCUCAUCACCCUCGUCAUGGCCUGGAAAGUCACCAACGGCAUGAACAUCUUCUUCGACGACCUCAACAUGGGGGCUCAGAGAAAUUGCAGCACCAGCAAUUUGAUAAGCUGGAAAGACAACACAGUGGCUCUGCUCCUUGGCGAUCGUGUACCCACAAAGUUGUCAGUGUGGCUUGUGUUUUUCUGUUGGACGUUUGCGACCUUGGUGCUCAUAAUACGAUGUGCCACGGCCGCUGACUUCAGCGAGAACAAGCGGGAGGUGAUUCCCCUCGCGGCCCCCUCUGGUGCUUUGGAGCAAGACAGCACCGAAAAGAAGGUCUCACAAAGUGUGCGGAGUUCCAGUACGAACCUAUUUGUGAUGAAGCCACGAGCAGCUCAACUUGCCAAACCUCCCUCGGCGGAUCAACCCCACAGGACACCUAAUCAUGACAUGUCUUACGAUGGCUUGUAUCAGACAUCCGAGUUUUGAGUCCGGCACCUUCAGGACAUCCAGCAGGACUGGUUUGGUCAUCCGUCUUGCUUGUGUACGGGCAUUCUAGUCUACUUAUUGCAGACGGCCUUGUUCCUAAUGGACAGCAGAAUAUCGUACUUCUGCAUGUAUAUUCCUUUUUUUGUUGUUGUUGAGGCGACAAUGACGUGACGUGUUUGUUGACUAUCUCAUAGACUGUCCCUUGAAGCUAUGUUAAAAUCUAUGAAUACAGAUUGUAAUGUAAGCAAAUGCCUUGAGGGGUGUGUUUGGGGUGUUUUCUGUUCAACAGUGUAUAAGACAUGCACUGCUGACAACUGGCUAGGAGCAAGGUAUUUGAUUCUGUAAGUCUUCCAGUGGCUCCCAUACAAAAAAAAAACGAAAGAAAAAAUAAAGCAGUGAAGCUCUUCCUUUGACGAGCAUGAAGGGACCUGGGAACCCUGCUUCAUGAAUGCUUCAGUUUAUGGAAGUUCUUUUUUUUUUAAGGGAUGCCAGCUGCACUUUCACUGAUCAUGCUGAUGUUCUGUCUCAACAACUGCUAUUCCUCAUGCAGCCAUAUUAUUUACUUCUUACUGGUGCUCAAUCUGUCAUAGAGAUUAUUGCCGAAGGAAUUGGCAGCCUUCUAAGCUAGUUGCAUGUAUGGUGGACUGCAGAAAUUCAUAGACAUAAAUUCUCACAAGUGAUUCAUCUGUGUUUGUGGGAACAUCAGCUGAGUUUUACAUUCACUCAUGUGCUGUGUCGAAGGAAGGCUGGAAGCGUUCGAGGAUGAUUAAUUUCAGUCACAGUUCAAGCACCAAUCAAUUGCUGGUUCUUGAGUUGCUCAACACACUUUUCGUAGAUUAAACUAAUGCAUUUGGUGACUAUUAGCCUCUCCUAUUAAUUUUGACUGACUGGUUGCUCUGAUUUGCAAAUUUCUUGUAAGCAAUGCAGCCAGUACCUUUAGAUGCUCACAGACAGCGUAGGUCGUUCUUGCCUUCAUUUUAUGGGACUGGAUUAGCUCAAUUUUAUAGCUGCGUUCAUGUGUGAUUAUUGGUACCACAGACCGUAAAUUUUGAAAUAUACAUGUGUGAAUGACCAAGCCUGUUUGCAUUAUAAUGUCCAUAUGACUUAGCAACAGGAGCUAGCAGGUUUCAGACGCAAGCUUUGAGAUGUGAUCACAGACUUAACAGUGAACAAUGUCUGGCGACUUCAAAAUUUUUUUUUCUUUGAUCUAACUUAGAAUGUUCUCCAUACAGAAGAGACUUCUAUCAUGUAUAUAAGGGAAAUCAUCUUCAACAUAAAGUUGUAUUGUAUUUUGAUUGACCAACAUUGCUGCGAAAGUUUAUCCCUGAUACUAAGAAAGCAUUAAACAUUCUGGUGAUCAUCACUCUCCUGCUUCACGGGUCAAAUUGCUGGUAAUUUUUUUGUCAUUGAGAAAGCCCUGUAAAUCAGGUUCAAGGUUUGUCUCCAGACUUCCUCCAACUUUCAUGACCUACAAGAACAUUCUGAAACUAUCUACUUUAAACUGAAACACAACGUACGCGUAGGUUACUUAAGCAAGAAAGUCUUGAGUCUUUUGAACAAGCUUUUUAAUGUGGCUAGAUUGUAGAGCCACAUGCGUGUGCACAGAAAUUUCUUUGUAUGUUUUGUUUCGUUUGUUUCAUGCCCAUAUCUACAUAAUUUUUCUUUUCUGUGAACAUUUGGGACUGAGGUGACUGAUGCAAAUCAAGUUCCAUUUCAUUUGUGAAGUACCCAGCCUGCAUCAUUCAUCAUGCAUGACUAUAUCUAAAAAUUUAAUUGAAACAUUGGUCAUGGGGCACAUUUCCAGUUGUGAAAUCACAUCAGUAAAGUGUUAAAACACAAUGGUGAUUUCGGCAUUGGGUGGACGUUCUUCUUCAAAACAGGAACAGCGAGGAUGAAGACUGGAAAAAUAGAAUGAAAAACACAGUUUUUUCAGUCCCUUUAUUUCUGCAUGUGUCCUUGCUUUAAUGUUUUUCUGCAGGAUAGCAUGUUAGAGCACCAGUAAAACAUCUAAGGUGAGUUGGUUCAUUUCUAUGAGGGAAUGAACAUGACAAGUAUUGUGCAACAUAGUGCGAUACAAAAGCUUUAAGCCCCGACUUACAGCAAGGGCUUUGCUUCUUCAGCUAGCAGUUAAACAAUCUAAACAAAAAGGCUAAAGAAGGAAAACAAGGCAUAGAUAUUUCAGCUAAAUAUCUACAGAACUGCUGUUUCAGUUCCUAUGAUGUUUAAUGAGGCUGUGGGCCUUCAUGAGUUUGACAGGCGCCCCAACUAACAUAAUUCGUCAAGCCUUUUGAAAAAAACAAGUUUGUGCACGCACUGGUGAGAGUGAAGCAACUUGCUGUUACUGGGUCCAGGGACUUAGCAGAGUCAAUUCCUGUUGUUAUUUUCUUAUUCCUUGUUGUCUUCCUUCAUUCGCUUGCUUCUUGGGCUGAUGAAACACCUGUUGUCAUUAAGCAUCCUGGGUUGCCGUGUGGGACCACUUGCUGUUCUUAUUAAGGCAAAGGAGUCACAGGACGAUGGAAAGGAGUUAGAAGUGGUUGAACAAGUGAAGCCUCAGCCUGGAACCUACUUUUUCACAUGAUGACCUUUGUCAAGACAAAUACAAGCUUUGUCAAAAUGUUCUUUUCUUUGCGCUGAGGCUUUCCAUGUUCGUCCAUGUUCAAUCAAUACAUGCUGUUCUUGUGUGUUUGUGCUGUGUGAAUGUAAAGUGUAUUUUGCCUAAUACUACUCGUGUGAAAGGACUUGUUUGACCGAGUUGAUAAUAGUAACUGGCCCAGAAAACCACCCUACUCAACUGAUAAGAAAAAAUUAUUCACCAUCUGCUUUAGGCGUGACGAUGUUGAGUGUGGUAAGCUGUGCUAGAUACUUACUGAAUCAGAAUGUGUCCAUGUGUCCUUUUUUGUGUGAUAGGGUAGAAGAUUCUUUUAUAGGAGAAUUAGGCAGCAUUUUGUGUCAUGUAAUGCUUCAUAACAUAGGCCAGUUAAAAACUGCUCACAUCCAAAAUGAGUGUUCCGAUUGCACAUUGCACGGAUUGCAAUGAUUCUCAAUUGCUCACUUCAUAGGUAAGCUUUCUCAUGUGCAGCGUUUUCAUUCUCAUAAUUAAAUUGUACAAUGUUUUCUAUACCACAAUCUUGCUAUAUUUUUGUCACUUUGCAAUUUUGGGAAGACUGUUAGUCACACAGUGAUAGUGCCUUGUGUAUCAAAAACUCCUUUGUACUAACGCUUUGUCAUAUCAUGCUUGUACUGUUUUGCCUUAUAUGUGGAAUGUGAUAGAUUAUUUUUUUCAAUAUUUCUAUUUUUUUGCUAAUGAAGAGACAUUUUACAGCUGGGUCUUCUGCUUUUGCUUCUGCUUCUGCCGCCAGCUUCUGCUUGAAAUUCAAAAUUUGGAACUUGCAUAAUUGCUGGAGCGCAGCUUGAUGAGUGGAUAAAAGCAAAAGGUUUAUUCAGAAUCCACUCCUUAACCACUUUCAUUUUCUUUGUCAUUGAUGCUCUGCAGCUGAGCAAAGUCUUGCCAGACGUUCAUCCCUUGCAUUGCUUUGUGCCCCCAUUGACUUGUAUUUGGUGUUGUCUUUAUGGUUACUUUUUUGCUGUGUCGGUGGCAAGAUACUGUUGAUAAAGCAAAGAAUCACUUGUUGGUUGAACCUUGUGCUACCUACCUCUCCAGAUCUUUAGCAAAGUUCAUCCCUCUGCUAACACAUUUCCAUUGUCGUGCUUCUACAGUUCACCUGUCAUUGAGAGCACAUCACAUCGCCUAAUCUCAGAAUGCUUUUUUUUGCCAACGUGAGUGCCUUUGCUAGCACACAUUUGAAUCGACAUGUCUCAGCUAUUCACCUGUCAAUGAGAGCACCUCAAGUUGCCUUGAAUUGUUCUCAGAAGGCAUAUCAGGCAUGCUUAACUGGUUCUUAAGUGUGAAAUCAAAUAGUUCUACAGUUUUACAGUUCAAAACUUCAGUUUUACAGUUCUACAGUGCUUGUAUGCCUAGGCUCAAGCCUGAAAAAGAGUGCACUGUGAUGUGCUGUACUAUGUGGCAGAAUGCUACAAAAGUUGUACUUGUAUUCAUUGAGGUGUUAGAACAGGUGUUACUUUUAUCCUAUAUUCUAUGAUGUGCUUUUUCAUUAUAGAGCUUCACAGUCACCUUUGUGGUGCAGAAUAUUUGAGUAUGAAUACACGGCAGUAUAUAAAUGUGGUGCAUAGCAAACUGUAUACUGUGGCGCGGAAUUUGCAGUGCUAGGGCUCACAUAACUUGCUUUGUCCACUGCAGUAUCAAUUGAAGUUCUGUAUUAGAUUUUAUAAUAGUUAAUUGCUAAGCCAUUUGGUGUGGAGACAUUGUGAAAAAUUUUGCACUAAAACACGGGGCACAAGAGAAGAGAGCGACACUUUUGUUGUGUCCGACAUUGCCAGAGGUGUGGUGUAGGGUUGGAGUUCUCGCCAAGUAAAAAGUUGAAAAGAAAAAUCUUGCUUUAGCAAUUUUCGAAACCAUGGUCUUAAAGCAGGACGUCUGGUAAUCGGAGGCACUGAGGAUGCCACCUCACAUAAGUAGUGCGUUCACCACAAAGUGUGAGUUGGCACAUCUCAUCUUUUCAAACUGGAGCAUGGAAGGCAUGCUGAAAGAAGGAAAAUUUGCUCGCCAUCACUAAUUUGUGCCCCACAGUGCAAUGUUUUGUAGAAGUUUAGCUCACAGCUCACUCUAGCUCACAAUAUGCCCGUGAAGACUUUGGUUUUGUGUCACCAGGCUCAUGUUGGAUGCUCACCUUUUAUUCCUUCUCCACAGAGCACAGAGCGUUCCUGCUCUUGCUUAAUGAUCUAAAUGGAAGACAUGUGCACUAAUCACAAAAUACAUUUAAUGGAAAAUUUGUGCAGUGAUGGUUGGGUAUAAUUCUAUUAGAGGUACAGUUUUGAAAUUUAUUUUAAAAUUUUAGCGCACUUUUGAGUAGAAUGUUUUUGUCAACCAAGGUGUUUAUUAUUGACAAGAAGCAGUUCACCUGCAAGUGUAAUAUACCAUGCAAAUAGAAAAAGACACAGUAGAGUUUUUUUUAUAAAUAGUUCAUGAAUAUUGAUCAACUAGCCUGACAAGACACUUUAGAUCACUAAGUGACGUUCCUUCUGCUGUGCUGUUUCUGUCUUUUUGCAUCAUUAUUAGUAAGUGAACUUCGUUUAUUAGUGAAAUCUUGGUAUUGACAUAAUGCUCAAAAUGUGCUGUCAUGAUUGACCAUGAGCUCUGUGGUAAAUGAUAUAUAGACAAACAGUAAGACUUUCAGUAGUAUUCAGAAGUGAAUGCUCUGCUAUGCAACAGCCAUCACUUACCACUUUUUUCUGUCCAUGUUGUAUCCUGGUGUGACAUCGCGCAAGCAUCUUGCUUUCUAAACUUUUGCUUUGCCUCCUACAUCACUGGAUAGUCGGUGCUUCAUUUGCACUCCUGCCUCAUGCUGCUGAUGACCUGUAACAAAAGUGCGGUGCGGACCACUCGGGAAAGUGCAAGUUAGCAUUUGGAAAGCGAGAUGGUUGCACAAUCUCGCCCCUGAUUGCAGCAAACUAUGGCUUAUUUGUGUUAUGCCAUUCCAUGUAUUUCAGCUCAUUGCCUUUGCUGCAUGCUCCCAAUACUGCAUCAAGCAGAUCUUGCAUUGUUAAGGUUCCCAUGUUUUGCACAUUUUGGUGCAUAGCUCACAGAUGGUCAGUUCAGCUGUAACAGCAGCACUCACACACAAAAAGAAAGGUGUCUUCAGAAGAGGUUGGCUUUGUUGCCUUAUUCUGGUAAAGCUCAGAAAACAAUUUUUUUUAAAUCUCUACAGCAAAGAAAUCUCAACCUUACUGUCUACAGCUCACAGAAUAUUUUUAUUCGUAUGGUUUGACACAUAAGACUACACUUAGUACCAGAGAGACAAACGUGAUGAGAACAUAUACAUUCUUUGUUGAAAGGUUGCAAGUCAUUCAGGAAGCACUGCAGAAUCCCCCACUGGUGCCAUGUAGUUCUUAUUUACAAAGCAUUUGACUGACUUCAAAAUUUUAGACAAACAAUGUUUUACUCUAGUUUACCCUCUGCUACUAGUAUAGUCCUCCUCUAGUGACAAUCAUUACCUCUUUUUAACGAAAGGUUGUAAAAUUUUUUGCAAAAUUACACACCUAACAUACUUAGUGAAUUGAAUUGGAAAAGAGGGUAUAAGUGGCACAGUGCUGGGUGACACAUUAUGUUGCAUAUUGUUUUCAUUAUGCAGCAAAUUAACUUUUCACAUACAUAUUUGUUUGACUGAUGCAUCAUUCUAAUGAUACCUAUCAUUGUACAUUUAGCUCAAUUUAGAUACACUCAAGAGAGUUUUAUGACAUGUUGGCGAAAUAAGGUGAAUGUACGUAUCGGGCAACUGCAGCACUGACAUUGUUAAGUUACUGCUGCCACGUAGUUGUAGGGUGUUUAUUGAACAAUUAUUCCUUCACUUGUCUCAUAUUUAGAGCUGGUCAUUCGUUGCAAACAUUCUUUUUGAAUUGCUAAGUACACUCUGUUCACCUAUGCACCUGAAAAGUGAAACAGCUUGACAGUAACACAUGGCCUGCCACGUCAUAUGUUCUGACAUCACCCGGCAUGUUAUGACAUCACCUGCACACAUGCUAGCCUUUCGAGAAAAUGGCCAAAUACUGUCACCUGAUGUAAUAGUUUCUAAUAGUGUUAACAAAAAAAAAGGCAUGAAUGAAUCAUAAUUUCGUAGGGCUGGUGUUGCUGAAUAUGGCCCGCAAAUGCUGUUUUUGGAAUGGAAUGUAGUAAAGGGGUAUGAUUAUUUGCACGUUAUCAACAUCUGUCGAGUGAUAUUUGACUGUUUGUGGCACCACGAAUAAUUGAUCAUAGAUAAUUGAAUACAUAUAGAAAACCUAUCAAGCCAAGCACGCUCACUUAGCCAUUUUUUCUGAGAUUUAAAAAAUUCCACUCAUUUAGCAAUUAUCAAGCAUAUUGAUAUGUAGGCUGGUUAUGUCAUCAUUCUCCAGGGCAACGAUUCCCCUCCAAAAUCUAAGAAUGCGAGGGGUUCUCAGAGUUAUGCACAGCUUAUGACAUUACAGUGAACCAUUCUUAUUGUGUAUGUGCUCAUUAGUGUACCACUCCUUAUGCUUUGUACAGUUGGCAUCAAAAGUAUGCUUGGUGUGGUAUCUGAGAAAAACAGUGAUUAUAUGCAUAGCCAGGAUUUCAGAUUUCCUACCUGUGGUAAUGUACAUGGCCAACAUAAUGUACUCUUUUGCUGCAAGGCAUAGCUGGUUGCAAAUUAGGGGGAACCGUCAUCCUGCAAAUGUUUGACGUCGAGUGUACUCUUCAUUGUGCCGAGUUGAUUGAUAACAUAUAGCAUUAUAGUAUAGCAUCUGGUGAUAGCUUCAGAAUUAUAUGUUGUAUUUACAUUGUAUUGGUGUAUGAAACAUGGGCAUCCAAACUCAGGCUGACGCUUAUUUGAUUGUAGACUAUUCAAACUGAAUCUCCGCUACUAGUAUCAUAGUUUAGUAUAAUAGUUCAUUAGUAUGGAAGUGUUAUAACUUCCUUAUUACUGUAAUCUAUAGUUCCUCAGAGUGGCAUUUCAAAAGCAGUGAAAAAAUAGUUAAUUCAGGAAGUUCAACAUUAAAAUUAAAAACAUGCUUCAAGAGAAAAUUCUGUGGUUUGCACCAAACACUAUAAUAAUUUCAGCAUCACAGGCUGUUUAAUAAUAGUUGUAAGACCGUCAUUACCACCCUGUUGUCCUUUGAGUUCUACGUAAGAGAAUGUAGGUUGCUUGUGUUAUGGCCAGUGUAUGACCUCUUUAAAGGCAGGCAUAUUUCAGGAAUUACCAACUAGGUCAAGUAGUAGUUUCAGUUGAACCUCGAUAUAAUGAACAUGGAUGCAACAAAUUAUUGAGUAUAAUGAAGCACACCUAACAUGUUUGUCGCUUAUAUAGAUACAUAACGAAUAUAUGAUUAUAACAAAUAUUGGAUGUAACAAAUGGUUUUUUGUGUGGUAUGCAACUUUGUUAUGUUGAGAUUUGAUUGCAUUAUGAAUAGGUAAGUUUCUUAAUCAUGGCAUUCUUUAUAUCGAUCUGUGUGCCACGAGCCUAUAUCCGGGUUGUCCAGUGCUGUUUGCCAUGGUAGUUGCAGCACCAUUUGUGAUACAGCUUGAAGCUGUAUCACACCAUUUGUAAUACAGCUUGCAGUGUUGUAAUAUCCUAAAUGAUGGAACUCGUGCUGUGAUUGUUUUCAUGUCUAGCACAGCUAUGCAUAAAGGUUCCUUUUGACAUAGAAAAAUGCAUUUUUAGAGCGAGUGUUAUAACAGCACAUGCAUCACAUUUAGAUGUUUACAUUCUUUCAAGCAUAUCGAACAGUGUUUUUGUUGUACCUCAUUUUGCCAAUGAGAAUAAAAUGGUUUGUAGUUUUA